AUGCUGGUGCACGCUUACUCCGCCAUGGAGCGCCCCGACGGGCUGGGCGCAGCGGCGGGCGGAGCCCGCCUGUCCUCGCUGCCCCAGGCGGCCUACGGGCCGGCGCCGCCGCUGUGCCACACGCCCACCGCCGCCGACUUCCAGCCGCCUUACUUCCCGCCGCCCUACCCGCAGCCGCCGCUGCCAUACGGCCAGGCGCCCGACGCCGCCGCCGCCUUUCCCCACCUGGCCGGGGACCCGUACGGCGGCCUGGCGCCCCUGGCGCAGCCACAGCCUCCGCAGGCCGCCUGGGCCGCGCCCCGCGCCGCCGCCCGCGCCCACGACGAGCCGCCCGGCCUGCUGGCGCCGCCCGCCCGCGCCCUGGGCCUCGACCCGCGCCGCGACUACGCCGCCGCUGCUGUGCCGCGGCUCCUGCAAGGCCUGACCGAGGGCGCGCACGGCCUGGCCGACGCGCCCCUCGGCCUCCCCGGGCUGGCGGCCCCGCCGGGCCUGGAGGACCUGCAGGCCAUGGACGAGCCGGGAAUGAGCCUCCUGGACCAGUCGGUGAUCAAGAAAGUCCCCAUCCUCUCCAAAGCCAGCAGCCUUUCGGCCCUCUCACUGGCCAAAGACAGCUUGGUUGGCGGCAUCACGAACCCCAGUGAGGUCUUCUGCUCCGUGCCUGGCCGGCUCUCUCUGCUCAGCUCGACGUCCAAGUACAAGGUGACGGUGGGGGAGGUCCAGCGGCGACUCUCACCUCCUGAGUGCCUCAAUGCCUCUCUCCUGGGUGGUGUCCUUCGCAGGGCCAAGUCCAAGAAUGGAGGCCGGUGCCUGCGCGAACGGCUGGAGAAGAUUGGGCUCAACCUGCCCGCUGGCCGUCGCAAGGCCGCCAACGUGACCCUGCUGACUUCGCUAGUAGAGGGAGAGGCCGUCCACCUGGCCCGAGACUUUGGCUACGUCUGUGAGACCGAGUUCCCAGCCAAGGCAGCUGCUGAGUACCUGGGCCGACAACAUGCUGACCCCGGGGAGCUGCACGGCCGCAAGAGCAUGCUGCUGGCUGCCAAGCAGAUCUGUAAGGAGUUUGCAGACUUGAUGGCGCAGGACCGUUCACCGCUGGGCAACACUCGCCCAGCGCUCAUCCUGGAGCCCGGAGUGCAGAGCUGUCUGACACACUUCAGCCUCAUCACCCAUGGUUUCGGCGGGCCUGCCAUCUGUGCUGCCCUCACUGCCUUCCAGAACUACUUACUGGAGUCACUCAAGGGGCUGGACAAGAUGUUUCUAAGCAGUGCGGGCAGUGGGCAUGGUGACGCCAAGGCGUCAGAGAAAGAUUCCAAACAUCGGAAGUGA